UUGUCGGUACUUCAGCGGAAUUUCGAAACCUGCUUUAACAUUAGAGGUAAACCGCGCAGUGUGGCGCAGGAAGUGGCGGAGAAGCACGCUGCUCCGCCCGGUAGAUGCCCACGGAAAGCACGGUCGGAAGUGACGCAACGCAGCGCAUCGCAUAAGCAAGUUGCCAGGCGCUGGCGCAUCCAGCGCAUCACCGUGCGGUCUGCAGUGAGACAGACCUCUAACAGCGUGUUUGAUCAGCUGUGUCCAGCGUCAGCCUGACAUCCACCGCGCGUUUCAGCCGAGAUCCCUCGCUGCCCGAAACAGCUCUGAACUUCCCAGGAAGCGCAGCGCACUUUUUUUGACUGACAUAACCAUCAGGACGCCAGAGGCCUCGGCUGCCGCUGCCUGCGUAACCAAUAGGAGCCUGCAGACAGGUGGAAACGCCUUUUCAUUUUGAUGGACGUUUCGUAUUACCAAUCGAAACUGUAGGUAUUUAACACAGGGGUGGAGCUUUGGUGAGAAAUGACAUCUAGGGGAGCCAACCUGCGCCGUCACUCACCUGCGCUGGCCUAUCGGUACAGGUAGAGGGCGGGUCUUUCGCUGCUCGCCGUGUUCCGCUGAAUUCCAUUGCCGACCAUUAAAAGAAUUGGGAGUAGAAGACUACUUCUGAAGUGGACGUGCCAGAGCAACGAGACAACCGAGGAUAUACGCACAGCCAGACAUCCUACAAAUAAGCAACAACACCACAGAUUAUCUGCUUCGCUCUCCCCCCGUUUGCUCGCUGGACUUCGCAGCGGCUUGCCUCCUUAGCAAGCCACCUAGAAUCGGACCAAUUGCUGGAUAAUUUUUUUGCGUCUCGGACACGUUUCAUCGUUUUAAAGAAAAAACAAUAAACUGAAUGUGGUUUCUGUCAUGAGUCCGGCCGGGUGCUCCCAUGUGAACGGUUUUAAGGUGGAAAACUGGAAGCAGAACCUGCGAGUCAUAUAUCAGUGCUUUGUGUGGAGCGGGACAGCUGAAACCAGGAAACGCAAGGCCAAGUCGUGUAUCUGUCACAUGUGCGGCGCCCACCUGAACCGGCUGCACUCCUGUUUGCACUGCGUCUUCUUCGGCUGCUUCACCAAGAAGCACAUCCACGAGCACGCCAAAAACAAGCGCCACAACCUGGCUAUAGACCUAUUAUAUGGUGGGAUUUAUUGUUUUGUGUGCCAAGACUACAUAUACGACAAAGACAUGGAACAGAUUGCCAAAGACGAACAAAGAAAAGCCUGGAAAUUGCAAGGUAUAGGAGAGAAGUAUUCCACAUGGGAGCCCACCAAAAGAGAGCUGGAGUUACUACGGCAUAACCCUAAACGCCGAAAAAUCACCACAAACUGCACCAUCGGUUUGCGGGGCUUGAUAAACUUGGGGAAUACGUGCUUCAUGAACUGCAUCGUCCAGGCGCUCACACACACGCCCCUCCUGCGAGACUUCUUCCUGUCCGACCGACACAAGUGCGAGAUGCAAUCCAACUCCUGCCUGGUGUGCGAGAUGUCACAGCUCUUUCAGGAGUUUUACUCCGGCCACCGCUCUCCUCACAUUCCCUUUCGGCUGCUGCACCUGGUGUGGACGCACGCGCGCCACCUGGCCGGCUACGAGCAGCAGGACGCCCACGAGUUCCUGAUCGCCGCGCUCGACGUCCUCCAUCGCCACUGCAAAGGCGAUGACAACGGAAAGAAGGCCAACAAUCCCAACCACUGCAACUGCAUCAUCGACCAAAUCUUCACUGGAGGCCUACAGUCUGACGUCACCUGCCAAGUCUGCCAGGGCGUGUCCACCACUAUCGACCCGUUCUGGGACAUCAGCCUGGAUCUGCCAGGCUCUUCUACGCCCUUCUGGCCCCUGAGUCCCGGGACAGACGGCAGCACCGUCAACGGAGAGAGUCAUGUGACCGGACCAACCACGCUCACAGACUGUCUGCGAAGGUUUACUCGGCCUGAACAUCUCGGAAGCAGUGCCAAGAUCAAGUGCAGCGGUUGCCAUAGUUACCAGGAGUCCACCAAACAGCUGACAAUGAAGAAGCUGCCCAUCGUGGCCUGUUUCCAUCUGAAAAGGUUUGAGCACUCUGCUAAGCUAAGGAGGAAGAUCAGUACGUAUGUCUCCUUCCCCCUGGAGCUGGACAUGACCCCCUUCAUGGCCUCCAGUAAAGACAGCCGGAUGAACGGACAGUACCAGCAGCCAGUGGACACCUUAAACAAUGACAAUAAGUAUUCCCUGUUUGCGGUUGUCAAUCACCAGGGCACCCUGGAGAGCGGUCACUACACCACCUUCAUCCGCCAGCACAGGGACCAGUGGUUCAAGUGUGACGACGCCAUCAUCACCAAGGCCAGCAUCACGGACGUGCUGGACAGCGAAGGGUACCUGCUGUUUUAUCAUAAGCAGUUCCUAGAGUAUGAGUAGCCUUCAGCCGCGUCAGAGACGACACAGAAACAACAUCUACAGCUCGAUGAAAAAGUGAAAACGACACACAACCUACCUGAAAACUCACUAUCAAUGAAAAUUAAGACAAACGUGAAAAACCUAAUCAUGCAAAAAAUGAAAAUCAGCACUGAGCUCCCAGGAUCGACUGGACAUACGGGGACCGCCGGAGGAAGUGACCUCACAGGAAGGGGUGGGGCGAGGGAGGCUGCUCCACAGCUUCACUAAAGGAGGAGGAAGAGGAGGAAGAGGAAGAGGCCCUGCUUUCACCUUCCUCAGAGCGGAGAGACAGAGGGACAGGCAGACAGCAGGGGUGUGCAGCACAUCUCAUUGGCUGUUCUCAUUCUCACCCCGCCCCCCUCCCCGAGUGAGCUGGCAUUAAGAGUCCUGACGGGGGAGGACUUUUUUGUUUUUAUGUUUUUUCUUUUUCUUCUCUUGUUUCCUUCAUAUGCA